AAAUGGUAACUGUUUAGUCUAUGUUUUCGCGCAAACCGUUCAAUCUUCUCUAUAUACUUUGCUUUCUUAUAAUAAAUCGACCGUUGAAAAUCAAUAGAAUAAAAAAUAUAUUGAUAUUAUUUCCGUCACUAUUUUUAACGUAAUUUCACUGUUAAAUGAAUGAAAUUAAAUUUUAAAGUUCCAUUUCUGGUUCACGAAAUAAACAAUCCAUUUCUUUUUUUCCAUAACCAGUGCUAACGUAAAUUUUAAAUGAUAUUAUUUUGACAAUUGAGAAAUAUAAUAAUGUAUAAAAGAUUAUACAAAUCAUAAAUACCACAGUAUAAUUUGUGCGUAUAUUUAAAACGAACGUAAUAGCACUUUCUACUUAAAAUGUUACUUAACUUGAAAUAUUUUAGUACAAGGAUCGGCUCGAUGGUUCCGAUUAAUCAAGACACAGUUAGUAGAAUUAUGCGUAAUACGUAUUUAUAAAAGAAAGAAGAGCGAAACUGUGCAAGAUUCAACGAGAAUUCAUCUCGUAAAUGAUAUUAUUUGAACGAAACGUUUUUCAAGAAAUUGAACGCAUAAAAAAUAUUGUAUCUUUAUUUGCUUUAUCAUCCGACAAAAAUGAAACUUUAAUAAAAGAUAAAUAAUGUAUACAAAUGUGAAAAAAAGUAUCGACAACAAAUCCGAUGUAUAUAUAUAUAUGACAUCGGAUAAAUCCGAUUUCUUAUCGAAGGAAAUUGGUUCUCUUCCAAGCAGCCAAUUAAUUCCGCGUUGCAGUAUUGGCAGCGGUACAAUAAGGUUCUGUGCAAAAGAAAUGCUAAAUUUAUCUGUUGUAACGUAAUACGCAGUAACAGUUCGAGCGUUUGCGUUCGGGGUAUACUACCAGUGCUGUAUUUAUUAGAAAGCAAGUUAAUCGAAAAAAUAUUUAGACAAAUCAAGGCUAAUUGUAAACUUAGAAGAAGUGAAUCAAUUAAUAUUUAUAAAAGCUCAAAUAUCGUAGUAUAAAGAAUAAGGACACAGAAUUAAACGACAUCUAUAGAAAAUCGAUUGCUUCUUUAAAUUUUGAUACGAAAGAAUUCACUUGACGCGGACCACUUGGAUAUUUUCUAAGUAAAUUCUUCUGUGAGACACUCGCUCUGAGAGAAAAAUAAAUAAGAGAAAAGAUUCCCAAAACGACUGGAAGUUGUUUCACUUGAUGCGAAAGACAAAAGUUUGUUACAUUUAUUCAAAAAUAUAUAUUUUAUAAGAUAUAAAUCUUUCGUUGUUUUGCAACGAACGUGACAAAUGUAGCUGAAACUUAAAACUAAGAGAAACUAGAUACACAGAAAUUAUCUGAACGUCAAAGUGCAACGUACUAUAGCAACGAACGAAAUGAAUAUUUCCAAGGUUGAUUUGACCCAUCAGUUAAAACACACAGGGAAACUCUGGUAUCUUGUUAAUCCCUACGAGACAAUUUUUGAAUUCCCACACGAAGUUCCUGAUUAUCAGCAGCAGGUAUGGUUACCAUUUUUGGUCCUUAUCGUAUUGGAGCAUAUUAUACUGGCCUUUAAGAAGAAAAAAUUCCGCUUGAACGAUCAAGUGACUUCCUUGUCUCAAUGGAUAUUGCAAGAAACUAGCCGUACUCUCUUCCGUGGUGCCGAAUAUUACGCGUACAUCGUAAUUUACGAGAGAUGUCGCUGGUGGAAUCUGCCUUGGAACUCGCUAUGGACUUGGUGUAUCACUGCCGUGGGGGUGGAUUUCUGUUACUAUUGGGUUCACCGCAGUAACCACGAGAUACACUUUUUAUGGGCUCAGCAUCAAGUACAUCAUAGCAGCGAAGAAUUCAAUCUCGCGGUUGGUCUGCGGCAAUCCAUCUUGCAACACUGGUGUAAUUUCAUGUUAUAUUUACCUCUUGCAUUAUUUAUACCGCCAUCGCAUUUCAUCGUACAUAAUCAGUUUAAUUUAAUUUAUCAAUUAUGGAUUCAUACGACUGUCAUUGAUGAUCUUGGACCGUUCGAGUUAAUAUUCAACACACCAAAACAUCAUCGUGUACAUCAUGGUUGCAACUUAUACUGCCUGGACAAAAAUUACGGUGGCGUUCUCAUUAUAUGGGAUAAAUUAUUUGGAACAUUCAUGCGAGAAAAAGAAAAGGAAGAGAUAAUUUAUGGCUUAGUUGUUAGUGCUCGAUCUUUUAAUCCCCUGUAUUUACAGACAUUUUACACUGCAGAAUUAAUUAAAAAGGUUAUACGGAUGUCAACUUUUAUGGACAAGUUAGGUGUUAUCUGGAAAGGUCCUAGUUGGUUUCCAGGCGUUCCUCGCUUAGGUCUGGAUAAAUAUAAAAUUAAUGUUACAUCUAGGAUUAAAUAUGAUAAUUAUACACCACAGUGGCAAAACAUUUACGUAAUUAUACACUUUUGCCUAGUUGUUUAUCAUUAUCUUCAAAUAUACGAGGAAACACAGGUUUUAAGGACCAUUCAAUCGGGAUUUAUUGUUAUUAAUAAUUUGUUUGCUCUUACCACUAUUGGUUUACUAUUUGAUAAAUCAAAAUAUGCUGGAAUUUUGGAAUUCAUUCGAUGCUUUAUUUAUUUAAGUUUCUCCAGAAUAUAUUGUUCAGUAAAUUUAUAUAUCUAUUAUGCAUAUGUAAUUUCGCUAAGCAUUUGGAUUUUGCAUUUGCAAAACAGUUUACAGUUUUAUUUACAGUAAAAUCAAAUUUUAUAAAUGUGGCAAAAUAUAGGAAUUAAACUAAUGUUACGGUGCGUGAUGAAAAUAUUUACACAUGAAUUGCGUAUUUACACUAUAUAUGAUUAUUUUAUCACAUUGAUAUUUAUGUGAUAAAUAAUACAUUAUUCGAUAUCAUUGUUGUACGCAUUUCACAAACAAUAAAUAUCGUGGAAUAUAGAAA